ACAUAGCCUUUAUUGCGCAGCUCCAUCUACCAAAUCCUGAUAAUACUCAACACCUCCGUCGAAUCAACCUCCACCUCAAAAUCCGAGUAGCCUUCCUCAAUCAUCCAACAAAUUGAUUGCACCGCUGUUUGAACUUCUGCGUCGAUAGACGAAGACGCUUGCAACGGAAAGGAGAUUGCACAGACCAUGUGACCCGUCUUAUCCCUCAGAAUCGCCCCUCCAGCCGAAGAAGAGGGGCAAUGGUGGUCACAUUCUGAUCCGGCCCAUAGCAUCUGGCAUCUGCCACCAGUGUACAUGGUCCAAAGUGGCACAGUGAAGAGCGAAGGGAAAGCCAUCAGGCCUAGAACGAACAAACCAGCAAAGACCGUCCCGAGCCAAAACUCACAACUAGGGAUGUGGAAAGCUUUGGACGACGCAAGAAGGACGAAGCUCAAGAAGCUCAUCAGCUCACGCAGUUCAACAAAGGACGGCAAGCACGUAGCUCAGUUCUUUGGUGCCAAAUACUCUCCUAAUUCCUAAACAAAGUAGAAACUCGGAUGUCUGAUGAUGUGGAGAAUCCUAAAUGUGGAAAUAGUAAGUCACUUCAUACUCCUCCACAUGAUGUCCAGUCAACCUGGUAUGAUAGCUUACUUCAACAAGCAUCUGUUUAUGGCAUAGCAGUAGGCUAUUGUAUAUCAGCAUCUCUGUUGUCCAUCAUAAACAAAUGGGCCAUAAUGAAAUUCCCUUACCCGGGUGCCUUAACUGCCUUUCAGUACUUCACAAGUGCUUUUGGUGUCCUUGUUUGUGGGUGGCUAAAAUUAAUCCAACGCAACAGUCUUGACCUCCUCACAUUAUGGAAAUUCUUACCCGCGGCAAUAAUUUUUUACCUAUCGCUUUUCACAAACAGCGAACUUCUCCUCCAUGCCAAUGUUGACACUUUUAUUGUCUUUAGAUCGGCAGUGCCAAUCUUUGUGGCAAUAGGGGAGACUUUAUACCUCCACCAGCCUUGGCCGACGAUGCGAACGUUUUUGUCCCUAGGAACAAUCUUUGUUGGUAGUGUUGUUUAUGUCAUCACAGAUUACCAGAUCACCCUCACCGCAUAUGGUUGGGCAUUGGCUUACUUGAUGAGCAUGUCAAUUGAUUUUGUCUACAUCAAGCAUGUUGUGAUGACUAUUGGGUUGAACACGUGGGGCCUAGUGCUGUACAACAAUCUUGAGGCGCUUCUUCUUUUCCCCAUUGAGCUCCUCAUAAUGGGAGAACUGAAGAAGAUCAAGCAUGAGAUUACGGAUGAAUCGGAUUGGUACGGAUUUCAAGUGUUGCUGCCCGUGGGUCUCUCGUGCCUGUUUGGUUUGUCCAUUUCUUUCUUCGGGUUUUCUUGUCGUAAGGCAAUCUCCGCCACUGGGUUCACUGUGCUUGGGAUAGUUAACAAGCUGUUGACUGUUGUUAUAAAUCUUGUCAUAUGGGACAAACACUCUUCUUCUAUUGGUACUGUGGGGCUGUUAAUAUGCAUGUUUGGUGGCAUCAUGUACCAACGGUCAACAACAAGCAGUAAUCAGAAGGGUGCAGGAGACAUGGGCCCACAGAUGGUGGAGGAGGAACAAGAAAAGCUGCUUGAAAUGCAGGGCAGCUCGGAUAGCAUCAAUAUCGUAAAAGAAGUUGUAGAAUCUGAAAGCGGGCAGUGAUAUAAUACUCGAAUAAAACUUACCUGGGAUUCUUUUAGGGUCAGUGUGGAUGGGAAGGGGUUGGAAGAGAAGUUUUGUUAGAGUCGGGUCUAUAUCUUAAUGAAGCAGAUGUUUCUGAAAACAAAUAAAAGGCGAUUGGAAUGUUAUAUGAUCACAUACUUUUACAAGCAAGUCCUUCAAAGUGUUUCCCUGUGGAUCUCUUCAUCCAGACUGUUAGAUGGCAGACAUUUUUUCACAGCACUGAUCACAUAUAGCCAUAUACUAUGUUAAUCUUUCAAAAAAAGAAAAUUACAAUUCAAUUUAUAUCAAAAGAUAGAGUACGGCAUACAAAGCGCUUCCCUCCAAAAUCCUCCAUCCAAAUAGGCCUGUAUAUGUCAGAUGAUCUUCACGGCAUUGGAAGGUUUAUGAACCCAAACAAUGGAGCAGAGGACGUUGUCAAUCUGUUAUAUGGUUACUCAACUACAUCCAAAGCUUAUUAGCAGUCUACUUCUUUGAAAGUCAUGUUAUAUAUAGCAUGGAAGAUUCUUUAUUUUGAAAUGUUUUGUUAAAAUGAUUCAUUAGUCAAUUGCAAUUCUAUCCGAUACAUGUGUACACUAUGUGUAUCCAUUAGAAAAUGGUUGUGCCAUAAAGCGAUUCCAAACAUAUACAUGCGGCAGAUUUGAAGGAUUUCUAGUUUCCAAUGAGACCACAAAGAGAUUCCCUAUUUCCCUGUGUAGCAGGUUUGGAUCUUAUAAAGCACUAGUUGAAGUUCCUUGUGUUCCGUUUGUACAAUGGAAAAUGGAAAUGGAACUAAAAUAAUACUACCUCCGUCCCAAUUUA